CCUGGCUCUGGGCUGGAAAACAGAAUCAACAUAAAUCAUUAUGCUACAAAGAAGAGCGUGGCUGAGAGCAUGCUGGAUGUAGCGCUGUUCAUGGCCAAUGCUGCACAGCUGAAGGCAGUGCUAGAACAGGGGCCAUCGUUCCAAUAUUAUGCUGCUCUGGUGACACUCAUUAGCAUUUCCCUCUUCUUCCAGACAGUCAUCGGGAUCCUUCUUAUAGUGAUGGCACGGCUGAACCUGAAUGACAUGGAGAAACAACAGCAUCUGAACCUGCUCAACAACAUCGCUACCAUCCUGGUCUUCAUCACGGUCAUUGUCAACAUCUUCAUCACAGCCUUUGGUGUGCAAAAGACGGGGCUCUAUCCAAGUUAUGGCCGGAGACUGUACUGA